AAUUCUUCAGUGAAUACAAUUUCCCCGCAGCUAUAUAUACAUGCACGCAUCUUCAUGCAUUUCACAAAAAAAUCAGUCAAGUCUAGUCUAGUCCCUGCAGUUUCUCAAUGGCUCUUGUUCUUAAAAUCGUGUUUUUGAUAUUCCAUAUCAUGAUUUGCUUAGUAGGUUUUGAGCCAGUUGCAGAUGCUAGACACAGACAGGCCGAGAAAAAAUCUAGUUUUGGAGAUGCUGAGGAUCUUGUGACUGAUCUGCCGGGUCAGCCCCAAGUAAAAUUUCGGAAUUAUGCUGGUUAUGUUACUGUAAAUGAAAAGAAUGGAAGGGCACUCUUUUACUGGUUUUAUGAAGCCACGACUCUUCCAGAUGAAAAACCUUUAGUGCUGUGGCUCAAUGGAGGCCCAGGUUGUUCUUCUGUGGGAUAUGGUGCAACACAAGAAAUUGGUCCUUUUCUUGUGGACACUGAUGGACAUGGCCUAAAAUUUAAUUCUUACUCAUGGAACACAGAAGCCAACUUAUUGUUCCUAGAAUCUCCAAUUGGCGUUGGAUUUUCAUACUCGAACACAAGUGGUGACUAUGAUAUUCUCGGAGAUUACUCUGCCGCCAAUGAUUCCUAUGUUUUCCUGCACAAGUGGUUCCUCAAGUUCCCAUCAUACAGGACUAGGAAAUUUUAUAUCGCCGGGGAGAGUUAUGCAGGGAAAUAUGUUCCCGAGCUGGCUGAACUCAUUCAUGACAGGAACAAAGAUCCCUCAUUAUUCAUAGAUCUUAAAGGCAUUAUGCUGGGCAAUCCCGAAACAUGUGACGCGGAAGAUUGGAAGGGUAUGGUGGAUUAUGCUUGGAGCCAUGCUGUCCUUUCUGAUGAAACCCACAAAACAAUCAAAGAAUCUUGUGACUUUUACAGCGAUGAUCCGUGGAGCAAUAAAGAUUGUUCUCAGGGCAUAGCCGAAUAUUAUCGACAGUAUGAUGAGAUAGAUAUUUAUAGUCUUUAUACAUCAGUCUGCAUUCCAUCUAGUGAAGGAAAGAAGUCAUCUUUAGUGACAGUCAGAAGCUCAUCUAGCAAGAUGCCAAGGGUCCUGGGUGGUUAUGAUCCAUGCACGGACGACUAUGCAAAGGCUUAUUAUAAUCGACGUGAAGUUCAAAAGGCUCUUCACGUUGGUGAUGGAACUACCCUCAUCAGGAACUGGACCAUAUGCAAUUUGACAGUCUAUUCUAACUGGUCCUAUUCAAGAACGUCGGUUCUUCCAAUAUACAAGAAGCUCAUUGGAGCAGGACUUAGGAUAUGGGUUUACAGCGGAGAUACUGAUGGUAGCGUUCCAUUUUUGUCCACAAGAUACAGCUUAAGCUCCUUGGGACUGCCCAUCACAAUGGCCUGGCGACCUUGGUACCAUCAGAAACAGGUUGGUGGUUGGAUUCAAGAGUAUGAAGGACUUACAUUCGCAACAUUUAGAGGAGCUGGUCAUGCCGUACCUAUAUUCAAAAGGAGUGAAUCCCUUGCAUUCUUCUCAUCCUUCCUUUCUGGGGAUUCUCUACCUUACCAGCGGACUUAAAUUUGGACUUCUAUGAGAAAAUUCUUGGAGAAAUUAACCUUAAAAUCUUCGAGUAUUAUACGUAUUUUGUGUGAUUGAUAAGUGUGUCAGAAAAAAAAUUAAUAGAGUGAGAUCGUUCUUAGUAAAAAUAUUAUGACCACCUCUCCAUUUUUUGUAUACAUAUGUUGCCAAUAAAUAGAGGUCAAGCAAUAGAAUUCCUACUAUGAAACUAUUUCUAUUGUUGUAACUUGUAAUUCCCCUUUCCGGUUUAUAAGACAGAAGUUGAUAUUCGAAUAGUUAAGUUCGUAAUAA